GGGGCGUCGGCCAUGUUGGUCCGGUGGGCGGCGGCGGCCCUGAGGCGGCGAUGGCGGCGCUACCGCUACCGCUUCGUGCCCUGGAUCGCGCUCAACCUCGGCCGCGCGCGCACGACCGUGCGUCUCGUCCCUGAGGCCUCCCAGGACAAAACCAUCGCCGACGAAGAAGUCCUGGAAACCUUGCUCAAAGUCUUCCAAGCCCUCUACCUCAAUGACCUCGGCGGACAGACGGACGCUUUCGCCCUGCUUCCCGAAGCUGUCAAAUCAAAAUAUCGUCAUUUACUGGCCCUCCGUCCCCCGAGAGCAAAUCCUCCCAGAGACGGUCUCCCCCGGCCCCCAAAUGUCCUCAGCCCGGGAGAAGUCCUCUUCAGGACAGCGGGUUUCUCGGUGGCCCGAGAAACUAGCUCACUGGUUUCUGCCGGAAAAGGAGUUUUCGUGACUAAAGGGUUUGUGCCAAAAGGAGCCGUGGUGUCCAUGUAUCCCGGGACGAUCUAUCAGAUGUCUGAGCCCAUCUUCUUCCAGUCCAUUGGAAAUCCCUUCAUUUUUAGGUGCAUUGAUGGAGUGUUGAUUGAUGGGAAUGACAAGGGAAUAUCCAAGGCCGUAUACAGGUCCUGCAGUGGUAGGGACCAGCUGGGUCCUUUUAAGAUGAGUGACAGCACUUGGCUCACCUCUUCCGUACAAAACCCUCUGGCCGUAGGGCAGUAUGUUAACAACUGCUCAAACGAUAAGGCCGCCAACGUGUGCUAUCAGGAAUUCGAUGUCCCGGAACUUUUCCCCAUCGAAUUCAAACGGUAUCUCCCCAACAUCGCCUACAGCCCUGAGGUUCAGAGCCCAGUGAGAUGUGUGGUCCUCGUGGCGCUUAGGGAAAUCCGCCAGGGCGAAGAGCUGUUUUCCAAUUACUACACCAUCGUCGCCUGAAAACCCGGACCGGUGAUCGAGGAGCCUCUUCUGCUCGGUGCCUCAUUUGGCGAGGGGGUCGUCCCCUGGGAUCGCACCACAGAACCGGCGUUUCACCUACCCCUUUUUCAACUUGGGGCCGAGUGAUGGGGCGUCGUUACUUCUCCAUUCUCGCAAGACUGUUGCCAAGUUCAAUCGGGUUUUCCCUAAAUGCUCAUUAAAUGACAGUCUGCUCCGUGA